AUGGAUAAUGACCACGUCGAAAGUCAGACAAAUGAUUCUAAGGCAGUGGCGAUUUUCACCACCAACUCACAAGAUCCCUCAUUUCUAAAGUCGUUUCCACAACACCUAACGGGUCAAUUCAACUUUACUCAAAUUACUCCGGAAAAACUUGAAAUUACCGGUCAAUUCACAGGCGAGAUAAAGGAAGAGAACACCGAGGAAUAUAGAUUUUGGAUUGUUGAUAGAAACGGUCUUAUAUUCCAAGAAUUGACAGAUGCAUUUAAACAAAAUAAUAUUAUUCCGAGUGGGGUCAACAUGUUAAAAAACGAAGUCGAAGGUGUUAGUCUCAAGGGACCUUAUGGCCUUAAGAAUUUGUUCUUACAGGUUACCCUGGGAGAUAGCAUUCUUGGCUUGGCUAAGAUCGAAGGGGUUAAUUGA